UUACAUUCCAUGCGACCCUAAAAUCCAUCAAUCCGCAUACGACGCCGUUUAGUUGCACCUGCUCAUCUAAAUCGCCGCGGUGUCAUUCGUUGGCCGUCUUCGGAACAUCCAAGGAGCCCUUCUUUCCCCCUUUGGUUUUCCUCCCCUAUAAUCCCCCCUUCCUCUGCCGUCGGGCGGCGCGAUCCAUCUUCUCUGCCAAUUCGCUUUACAAGGCGAGGUAAUUGGAGCCCUCCCCUCUUUCUCCUACUUCGUCUUGAAAUAAUAAGCAUCCGAGUCCCGAUUGCCGUGCGCCUUAGAGAAAGAAAUGGGGCAAGCUCUGGGUUGUGUACAAGUGGACCAGUCAACUGUUGCCGUUAGAGAAACUUUUGGAAAGUUUGAUGAGAUUCUUGAUCCUGGAUGUCAUUUCUUGCCCUGGUGUAUAGGGAGGCAAAUUGCUGGGUAUCUUUCACUGCGUGUGCAGCAACUUGAUGUCCGUUGUGAAACAAAGACAAAGGAUAACGUGUUUGUCACCGUUGUUGCGUCUGUUCAAUACCGUGCUCUCGCUGAGAAGGCAUCUGAUGCUUUCUACAGGCUUAGCAACACAAGAGAACAAAUUCAAUCCUAUGUUUUCGAUGUCAUCAGGGCCAGUGUUCCAAAGCUGAACUUGGAUGAUGCAUUUGAACAGAAGAAUGAUAUUGCUAAAGCUGUAGAAGAUGAGCUUGAAAAGGCAAUGUCAAUGUAUGGGUAUGAGAUUGUUCAAACCUUGAUUGUGGAUAUUGAACCUGAUGAACAUGUCAAGAGGGCAAUGAAUGAGAUUAAUGCAGCUGCUCGGCUGCGGGUGGCAGCUAAUGAGAAAGCUGAAGCUGAAAAGAUACUGCAGAUCAAACGAGCAGAAGGAGAUGCGGAAUCGAAGUACUUGGCCGGAUUAGGUAUAGCAAGACAACGCCAGGCCAUUGUGGAUGGCCUGAGAGAUAGCGUGCUUGCUUUCUCAGUAAAUGUACCAGGAACAACAGCCAAGGAUGUCAUGGACAUGGUCUUAGUGACGCAAUACUUUGAUACCAUGAAGGAGAUUGGAGCCUCCUCGAAGUCCUCUUCUGUGUUCAUCCCCCAUGGGCCCGGAGCUGUGAGAGACAUUGCUACUCAGAUCAGGGAUGGCCUUCUUCAAGCAAAUACACUUCAGUAAGAAGAAGAAGGAGACACGUGUCCAUGUUCCGGAGACUUUGCCGUAAUGUUUGGGUAUUUUGACCUUAUAAGUAGUGUUUGAAUUAAGUGUGCCAUGGAUGUAUAAAUAAUGCAGCAGUUAAUAUCUCUGUCUGUGGUGUCAAUAAGUUUAUUGUUAGGGUAUACGAGUGUGUUGGUCUAUUUUGCUCUUAGCAUGAAUGCCUUGUGAAUUUGGUUCUGUAGAUACCAUCUUGCUUUCUGUGUUCAAUAAAAUGAUGUAAUUACUAAA